GUUAGUACAAAACACAAACGUUAGUAUUGAACACAAACGUUAGUAUUGAACACAAACGUUAGUAUUAAACACAAACGUUAGUAUUGAACACAAACGUUAGUAUUGAACACAAACGUUAGUAUUGAGCACACACGUCAGUACAAAAAACAAACGUUAGUAUUAAACACAAACGUGUAAUAAACACAAAGGUUAGUAUUGAAAACAAACGAAAGUAUUACCCCCCCCCCCCGAAAUUCUUGAGCACAAACGUAAGUAUUGAACACGCACAUUAGUAUUGAACACAAAAGUAGGCAUUUAACACGAAAGUAUUAAAUAUACGUGUUAGUAUUAAACGCUAAAGUAAGCAUUAAACACUGGCAUUAAUUGUUUAACAUCAUGCUGAUUAUUUUUAUUUAGAGCAUGGGUAAGGACCAAUGCAUCUGGUCAGUUAAAAAAUAAAGUAUGUCUAUGGGAACGCGUUUUGUAUGAACAGUUUGAUUAAGAGGUUUUUAUUUCUUAUUUUGAAUGAAUAUUGAUGAUCAGGAAAUUCAUAGACAAAAAAUUGUCUACUUCCUCAUGGAUGAUAUUAUAUCAUUGCUACACGAUGUUCCAAGCAAAACAACGCAUCUUUUUGCAACUUUGACCGAUCUGUCAACAUAAAUUUUUCUCAUACACAGUUACAUCAAUGAUUUAACUAUUACUUGCUGAAAAAAAUUUGUACAUAUGAUGAUAUUAUAAUGCAAUAUUUCAUAUUUUUCUAAUCCUUUAUAUCUUUUUCUUAUACAUUUUUUCCUUUACAUUGCUUUUACUGUCUGAAAAUAUUGUUAUAAAAUAUUUUUAAAAUUAUAUUUAACGCAAAAGUCUAGGAAACAAUUGGAACAAAUCAUGUUUGUUAUAGUAUCGCCAUUGCCAAACCUUACUGAAAAAAACAUGGUCUGCUUUCUGUGUCCGGUCAUUCGUCUCUUUUGGGCUGCUAUGGCGGACCAGAUCCCACCCAAAGCCGACCCUAGGCCAAUCCAAAAGUAGACUCAAAACGGACAUAGAAAGCAUUUCCCGAUUUAAAAAGCAGACCCUCAAAGCGUUACUAAAAAUGACCAAAUGUAUCAACAUGUGUGCUUGGUAUAAACAAAGGGCUGGUUAACAUUCGAUAAAUUAACAAAUCAAGUUUAAAUAAAGGAGAACAGUUUUACAAUAACACAGCACUACUUCAUUUACUACUUAAGUGGAUCAAAUUAUAAAAACACUGUCCGACUCCUUAAUCAUUAAACUUAAAUACUUCUCAUAAAAUCAUUACAUAGGGGGGUCACCUUACAAGAACACAGAACGACUCCGUGGUUACUCCCUCCGUGUGUCCAAUGAUACCAAUGUACCACCUGUAGAGUCCUCGUGUUACAAUGACAAAGGAAUCGUCACACUACCCACCAUUGUAGAGGAGGACUGUGAAAGAACAACUCGAUACAUCUGGAUCCAUCAGACAAAUAAAGGAAAUAAAGAUGAAUGGUGUCCGAUGCUAGAAAUAUGCGAAGUGCAAGUUUUCGGAUGUAUCGUUGGUAUGUAUGGGAUUAAUUGUGAGAACAACUGUAGCUUAUAUUGUGCGUACGGUGAUUGUGACAGAACAACAGGCACUUGUUUGGACGGCUGUAAGAGUGGAUACAUCGGACGUUUCUGUAACAAAACUUGUUCCGUUGGUAAAUAUGGCAGCCAGUGUAGUGAAAGUUGCGGACACUGUUCAAAUAACUCCACUUGUUAUCAUGUUGAUGGAUCGUGUAAGGCCGGAUGCGAAGCUGGCUAUAAAGCAUCUGCUUGUAAAACGCCCUGUGACGACGGAGAAUAUGGACAAAAUUGUCAGUAUAUGUGUACCGGGAACUGCAUUAACGGGGAAGCGUGUGAUAAAGCUAGCGGACACUGUCGAUCCUGUGUAGAAGGGUAUCAAGGUUUUAAGUAUGACAGAGAUAUCAGGCAAUCUCCAACAAGUUCGGAUACAAAGAAAAACGACGUUGAUGAUUUGAAGAUUAAUAAAAUGAUCCUGGAAAAUGAGAAGACACACGCAAGACAAAUAAGGCAACACAUCGUUUUGAUAUGCUAACGAAGGGAUAAUGCGUUAUGACGUCAUAAUAUACGCCCCGCCUCUGUAUUACCAUAUAUAGAACAUAUACCGAAAACAGCAGUUUAAGCAUAAAAUACGGCUUAUUUAAUACUUCAUAAGCAAAAUAUAACUACAGAUCACUCAUGUGUGUUUUUAUAAGUUUACAACAAUCAGAAUAUACGAAGAAUUUCCAUAACGCAUCUGUCGUAUGGGUGUGAAUCUGCGUCCCAAAAGCGCUCGUCAGACGAUGUAAACACGUGUAGCUGGUAUUCCCGAUGAUGGCGAUCUUUUGAUGAUUUAUCAGCUGGUACCUGCUUUGUCUUGAGAUUUACAUAAAUGAUGUUCUUAUUGGUGAUCAUUUACCCGCACCCUUAUCCUGGUGUCAUAUACAAGAUGAAAUGAUGGAAAGAAAAACCUGAACUUUAGGAACAGGAAGACUGUGUUUUUGAAGAGAGAAGAGGACCAGAACUAAGAAGUCAUACAAUAAACACAUUGACAUCAUAAAAAGAAAUUGCAAUUUUGAGUUUGCAUGCAUAUGUCAGGUUAAAAUGUUGUCACAGAAUUUUUUUUCAGAAGGUCCCUUUAUCUUCUUGAAUUAAUAAAACAAAUGAACCAAAUAUAAUUGUUUCUAUAUAUGUAAUUUUGUUUGAGAAGUGGAAAGGGGA